CACUUUUUCUCAUCGGAGAGCUUCGAAGGGUUCUGAGAUCUCGCGGCUCCUUCGAUCUUCUCCGCUCAACUAUACCUCUGAUCUUCUCCUUAUUUCUACUGUAACUUCGUAGAUUUGAUUUUGGCGCGUUAUUAGAAACCCUUAACAUCUUUAAACCUACUCGAGGUCUCUCGUGAUCGAUCUAGGGUUUCGCGAGAUCUGAGAUUUCGUCUUUUCCGAUUCACCUUCACAAUCCAAUUUUUUUUGUUGCUUGGAUUUGUUGUUUGUGUGUAAUCUCGUAAGAUGUCUCGGUGUUUCCCGUUCCCGCCACCUGGUUAUGUACUGAACGGAACCCGCGAUGAGGCUGUGAUCGUAUCGAUCAAGGGGGCGCAGGAGAAAGCUAAGAAAGAACAAAGUAGGAAGGAGAGAAAAGAUAAGAAGGAGAAGAAGGAGAAGAAGAGGAAGGAGAGGGAAGGAAAGGAAGGUGUAAGCGAAAAGCACAGUCAUAAGAGACGGCGUAAAGAAGAAGGUGCCAAAGAUGGUCCGAAUCAGAAAGUUGAUCGUUUUCACAAACUAAAAGAAAGUGAAACCAAUUGUUUGGAGAAGAGCAGCCUUACUGUAGAACGUGAGCUGCUUCAGUCGACGUCCCAGAACUCUUGUGAUAGCACUCUUAACAGCAAUGAGAUAUUACCGAAGCAGAAGGAGAAGCAGCAGCCUCUCGAUGGUAGACAUAACAACAACCAGAAGCAGAAGGAGAAACAGCAGCCUCUCGAUGUUAGACAUAACAACAACAACGACUCUGAAAGCAUCAUUCGGAUUCGAUUGCCUAUUCGAAGGCAGAAAGAUCCCGAGGUGAUGAUGACCAAUAAGGAUCAAGAAAAACCAGGUCCUUCCCGGGGAAUAAAGUUUGAUUCGUCCCAGCUUGCUACUAGAGAGCCUGUUAAUCAACAUUCUUGUUCCACUUCUGCACCAGAACAUGUCUCAAAGCCACUAGAAGAGAAAAGGAAAGAUCCCUUUUUUAGAGGAAAACUCGGUAAAGAGAAGAUAUCCUCAUCCGCUACUCAAGAAACUUAUCAACCCCCUAAAAGCCUAUGCAAUUGCCCUCCAUCCAUGGUUUUGCAAUUCUUGAACGUAGUUGAGAAUUGGGUCCCUAACACGAUCGAAAGAAGAGUAGACCUCAUUAACUCUGAAGAUGAAGAAUGUUGGUGGUCCAAGAAGAAGCCAAGUAGCCCCACAGAAAUAUGCAAACAACUUAACAGAAACAGUGAGAUCAAGCAAGUAAGCAAUUCAAUGGGGUGGCCAUGUGCUCGCCUUUUACCAGAAGCUGAUGUCUACGCCUUACCUUACACAGUCCCGUUCUGAUAAAUUCAAAGAGCAGGAAGUUUUUAACAAGGAAUCUGGUCGAGACAUCCAUGUUCUGGACCAGACAUUUUUUGGUUUAGCCUUAAAAUUCCAAGGUUGUAUUAGAAGAACACAGUGUUUGUUAUUCUUUGCGGUUGGUAACUAAUAUAGUAAUAUCAGUAUUGCGUCUCAA